CAGCGGCAACCAUUUUGUUUCGUCCAAGAAGCCCUUAAGAUGGCGGCGGGGGAGACGGUGAAGGUUGCACCCUGUCCCUCCGGGCUGUAGCCCGCCGUCUCCCGGUGUCCCGGCGGUCGGCCAAUGGCCUGGCGGAGGUCCAAACCAUGGACCUGCGCACCGCUGUGUACAAUGCCGCCCGCGACGGCAAGCUUCAGCUGCUUCAAAAGCUGCUCAGCGGCCGGACCCAGGAGGAGCUGGAUGAGCUGACAGGCGAGGUGGCCGGCGAGGGGACGCCACUGCUCAUUGCCGCCCGCUACGGCCAUCUGGACGUGGUUGAGUACCUAGUGGACCGGUGCGGCGCGAGCGUGGAGGCGGGCGGCUCGGUGCACUUCGAUGGCGAGACCAUCGAGGGCGCGCCUCCUCUCUGGGCCGCCUCAGCCGCCGGCCAUCUGGACGUGGUGCAGAGCCUGCUGCGCCGCGGGGCCUCGGUGAACCGCACCACGCGCACCAACUCCACGCCCUUGCGUGCCGCUUGCUUCGAUGGACACCUAGAAGUAGUGCGCUACCUGGUGGGUGAGCACCAAGCCGACCUGGAGGUGGCCAACCGGCAUGGACACACAUGCCUCAUGAUCUCCUGUUACAAGGGCCACCGUGAGAUCGCCCGCUACCUGCUGGAGCAGGGCGCCCAGGUGAACCGGCGCAGCGCCAAGGGUAACACGGCCCUGCAUGACUGCGCCGAGUCCGGCAGCCUGGAGAUCCUGCAGCUGCUGCUUGGGUGCAAUGCCCGCAUGGAACGCGAUGGCUAUGGCAUGACCCCGUUGCUGGCGGCCAGCGUGACUGGCCACACCAACAUCGUGGAAUACCUUAUCCAGGAGCAGCCUGCUGGGAAGGAAGUGCAGCCAGGGCUUGCCCAAAAAGGCCCCUCCACCAGUCCGGGAUGUGUGAUGCCCCAGGGGGCCAGCUGUUGCAAUUCCUCCCCAGAGGAACCACCUAGUAGUGAAUCUUAUGAGAGCUGCUGCCCCACCAGCCGGGAAGCUGCUGUGGAAGCCUUGGAAUUGCUGGGAGCCACGUAUGUGGAUAAGAAGCGUGAUCUGCUUGGGGCCUUGAAACACUGGAGACGAGCUAUGGAGUUACGUCACCAGGGGGGCGCAUAUCUGCCCAAACCAGAGCCCCCGCAGCUGGUCUUGGCCUAUGACUAUUCCAGGGAGGUAAACACUGCUGAGGAGUUAGAGGCACUUAUAACCGACCCGGAUGAGAUGCGCAUGCAGGCCCUGUUGAUCCGAGAGCGCAUCCUUGGUCCCUCUCACCCAGACACUUCCUAUUAUAUCCGUUACAGGGGCGCAGUAUACGCUGAUUCGGGCGAUUUCGAGCGCUGUAUCCGCUUGUGGAAAUAUGCCCUAGACAUGCAACAGAACAACCUGGAGCCUCUGAGCCCCAUGACCGCCAGCAGCUUCCUCUCCUUUGCUGAACUCUUCUCUUAUGUGCUUCAGGACCGCACAGCCAAGGGCAGCCAGGGCACACAAAUCGGCUUUGCAGACCUCAUGGGGGUGCUCUGUAAAGGGGUCCGAGAAGUGGAACGAGCCCUGCAACUGCCCAAGGAGCCCGGAGACUCAGUCCAGUUCACCAAGACCCUGGCCAUCAUCCUCCACCUGCUCUAUCUGUUGGAGAAAGUGGAAUGCACACCAGACCAGGAACAUCUGAAGCACCAGACCAUCUACCGGCUGCUGAAGUGUGCCCCCCGGGGCAAGAAUGGCUUCACCCCUUUGCACAUGGCCGUGGACAAGGAUACCACGAAUGUAGGCCGAUACCCGGUGGGCAGAUUCCCCUCCCUCCAGGUGGUCAAGGUACUGCUCGACUGCGGGGCUGACCCAGACAGUCGGGACUUCGACAACAACACCCCGCUGCACAUAGCAGCCCACAACAAUUGCCCGGGUAUCAUGAACGCCCUGAUAGAAGCAGGGGCCCACAUGGAUGCCACCAAUGCCUUCAAGAAAACGGCCUACGAGCUGCUGGAUGAGAAGCUGCUGGCUAAGAGCACAAUUCAGCCCUUCAACUACGUAACCCUGCAGUGCCUUGCAGCCCGUGCCCUAGACAAGAAUAAAAUCCCCUACAAGGGCUUCAUCCCCGAGGAGCUGGAGGCAUUCAUUGAGCUACACUGACAGGGUUCUGAGAGGGGCGAACCGGGAGAGGUAUAGCCACACCAAUGCUCGCCCACUCUUGGUGAGCACUUCAGGUGGCAUGCAAUGGGCAAAGGGCUCUCCCACCUCCACAGCCCUUCACCUCUGCAGAGAGAGGAUAGGAGUUAGUUGUUGGUGCUAGAAGCCUUCAGGAUUGUGUGCUCAGAGAACUGUCUUUCUCAGGAGCAUGUGCACCCAUCCUUAAUUGGGAGAAGAUGCACGAUCUUCCAACAUCCCAUCUGCCUGGGUCUCAGAAGAUUUUGCCUUCUUACUGAGAAGCAGAGGGAUUGAAGCCAUUGCCUUCCUCCCCUGCUAGAAACAGGAAGAAACUGAGAAUUGGGUCUGUCCCUUUUUGUCCCUUAAUAUGGUUGGAUAAACCUACCCACAAAGUGCAGUGUUAGGAUUGGGGGCUCCCAAGGUGGAAAGUUGGAGAUUCAAGAAGCAAGACCUCCUCUCACUUCUUCCAGCACAGUUGCACCCUGCUCCCUCCCCGCAUUGCCAUAGUUGGCCUGCCAGGGCAGCCUGCCACUUGCAUAGCUUUGGGCUGGUUUGGUGUUCUCUUUAUUUAGUAGGUGGGCAGACUACAGGCAUUGCACAGGAGUUCUGAGGUUUUGCUGCCAUUUUCUUUUUCUUAAGAAUUUAACAUUUUCUUUUAAAACUUGCUAAGUUAAUUUUGUGCGCCAAGAGUUUUGUCAUGCCUAAGGUGGCCGCCGCCACCAGGAGCAAGCUUCAUUGUGUGAAGAAUUUGGUAAAGGAGGUAGAAAACUAUGGUGUCGGUUCCUAAAACGUAGGUGACUAUACACUCCUUAAAACUUCACUCAUUCGCCUUUUUCUUGGGCCUCCUGUAUUGCCAUCCUCAUUAGUGAAGUAUUUUCUAAAUAGGUUCAGGUGAAGUGCCCAAGAAGUUGAGUUUGAUAAGAGCUUCCCACUAAGAACUAGCAAGGUUGGCUUGGGGCUUGGUUUUUAUAGAUUCUGAGUCAGAGCUGCAGGCCGCUUCAGCCUCACAGAUCAUGUACAAGUGCACAGUGUUGUGGGCAUAACCACCCCGAGUGGCUCCAGCCACUCUUCCCACUGCUCAAGGCCCGAAUCCAGGUCUUCGUGAGGAAAUCCUAAGUGCAGCGUUAACUCUGCAAAUCAGCUGGAUGAGGCAGUGAAUGCUGAGAGCUGAAGUGAUGCAAAAUCUUGGCUUCCCAUAACUCAGGGUAUGAAGUGCCUGUGUAAGAGAACCUGCUGCAGGGAGAUUUGUCUUGGGUUGUACUGCAUGCACUCUGACAGGAGGGGUGGUUCUUGGCCUGUUUGGGCAGCAGUGAAUUGUAGAAGGGGACAGAAGCUCAGAAGAAAGGUCACAUUCAGGACAGCAGCAUCCUCAUCCCAUGCCUCUCCUGCAGCCUUGUCCAGUGGCAGCUACAUGGAGGCCUUCGGACACCACAACAGGUCCCUGGAUAUUCCACCCUCCAAGAAAACUAGGCCUCAUGUGGACUUGCAGUGUUACUUAGGAUGUUAUUUAUUUACAAGACCAGGUUUUACCUCCAUCAAGGCAGGAAACUGCAUGGAAUAAAGAAAUGAGGCUGUUUAAAUUGUGA